CACGUAGAUCUCCUCAGGAGGUGAUCACCCUAAAAUGUUAAGCGCGCGUACGAAUUCGCCGGUGUGCUCGCACAUACGCACCUUCGUCCUGCUGCUGAUGAUCCUGCGGUGCAAUCCGUCAGCGUACAACGUGGACUCGCGCAAUGUCCUGAUAUUCAGCGAUCCUGUGCGCGUGUCGCCGCAACGACGCGGCAGUUACUUCGGCUUCUCCGUAGCUCUGUACGCGGGUGCGGGCGGUCCGCUGUUGCUCGCGGGGGCGCCGCGGGCCAACUCCACGGCGACGCGGCGCGUCAACGAGCCGGGGACAGUUUUCACGUGCGCGAUGUCCGGUGUGUGCAAGGAAUGGCUGCUCGACAGCUCCAAGAACGGUGUAUUCCCUCGCGACAAACGGAUCGUGCAAGUCAAGGACAAUGCAUGGAUCGGCGCGAGCAUCGCUGUGGAGAACAAGACAGCGGCCAGGGUUGUGGUUUGCGGGCCUCGGUGGAAAGUGAGCACCCAUUACAUGCAAGGUAUUUGCUACGGGACGUUGGCCAGCGGAGCCGACGCGUUCGACAGAGAAGCGAAGAGGCAUUGGCUACCAGUUUUCAACGCCACCAGACAAAGAAAGCUCAGCGACGAAACAUCCCACUAUAACUACGCGUUUGCCCAAGUCGGCUUUUCCUUACACAUGAAGUCGUGGGGCAACAGUGCGGACAUCGCGCUGGGUGGCCCCGGCGUGUUCGCCUGGACAGGCGAUACGGUACUGAUUACCGCUGCGUUCAACGAAACGCGUUCGCGCACGAUCAUUCCCUUAGUCGCCGGAAGGACAGAGCAUCAUUAUUUUCGCGAUUAUUUCGGAUACGCCAUAACAGCGGGCGCUUAUUUCAAAAAGGAUGACAUUCUGUACGCGGCCGGCGCAGCGAAGGGCGCCGCUUUGCUCGGGAAAGUCCUCGUUUUUACCUUUCCUACGACGGAAAUGGAAUACAUAUCGGUAAAAGCGAAGCUAGAGAGCAAACAAAUCGGGGAGUACUUCGGUGCCGCUCUAACGUCGUGCGACGUCAACAACGACGGCAAAGAUGAACUGAUCGUCGGUGCACCGUAUUGGGCUGAAGAACUGGACGAAGGCCGUGUCUAUAUCUUCACAACGCAACACAGCGCGAAUUUCAAGCUGCUGACUAAGAUCGACGGCAAGGUCGCCGGCGGUAGAUUCGGGUCCGCCUUGAUGUGCCUGGGUGACGUCGAUUACGACGGCUACGGUGAUUUCGCCGUGGGUGCGCCGUACGAAGAGGAGAGCGGCGGCGCGGUGUACAUAUACCACGGGAACUUGGACGGCGUCUUCAGGAGGUACAGCCAGCGACUGGUCGGCUCGGAUUACUCGCUGCCGAUGCGCGGCUUCGGCAUCUCCAUCUCAGAGCCUCGCGACAUCAAUGGCGACAGGUACCCUGACUUCGCCGUGGGCGCCUACCUGUCCGAGAAAGUCGUUCUGCUGAGGACCGUGCCGGUGGUCACGGUGAACGUGACGCUGGAGCACCUGCGAAAGAUCAGACUGCUGAGGAACACGACGUCCUUCGUGAUCGACGUGCAGGUAUACUACGAGGGCGCAUACGUACCUGAGAGUCUGAGAAUCGUCAAGGUCUUGAGGAUCGACCAGACGCACGGCAGAGUCGCGUAUCGCGGGCAAAGCAAUCAUAAUGGGAUCUACAGGAUACCAGACGUCCUUCACAGGAAUAGUAUCUCGCACAGUUCAUUCGAGAUGUACUUUAUGGGAGAGGUACAAGACAUACUGAAUCCGCUCGAGGUAUCCGUGUCUGUGGAGCUAGAAGACGAUUUCUCCGUGAAGGUUAAGAACUCUUCGUGGAGAGACGCGCACUGCAUAUCCUGCGUCAUGAUAAACAAAUUCCUAUCGAAGACCGAGGAUCUCAUGAAGCUGCCGUUCGCCGUGGACUGUGGCGACGAUGAAAUAUGCGUGGCCGACCUGAACGUAACGUUGUCCACCGACCUGCAGCCGAACAACAGCUACGUCAUUGGCUCCUCGUCGACCAUCUCGCUGCGCGUCGACGCUCGCAACCGCGGCGAGGCGGCGUAUCAGACCAAGGUGACCAUCGCCAUCGAGGUCUUGUCGUUGGCGAGUAUCCCGUCCGAGUGCACGGAGAACUCGCGCACGAGCAACACCCAGCUCGUGGUGGUCUGCGAGAUCGGCAAUCCUCUGAGAACGAAUAAAUCGUUGAUGCUGCAGCUGGACACGAGCAUGGUGACGUACGACGUGCGGCAGGCGGUGAUACAGGCGAACAUCAGCACCCACAGCACCGAGUCGACGCCGAGCGACAACAGCCACGCCACCAGCGUGUACUUCGAUGUGGAUAUGGACAUAGCGAUCGUCGGCAAAGCGCAGGUGAGUUCGUACUCGUACUCACGCGAGAACAAGGAGAUACCGCUGGACAAUGUGAGGUUCCAACACUUCUACGAGGUCCAGCGAUUCGGCGUCAGUCCGAUCGAAGAGGUCGCCUUGACCUUGAGGAUCCCGACGCACUGGCGGCGCCACAGAAUCGGCGACAUCACAGUCGCCAAUAUCGAGAGCAUCGUCGGCACGAUGGACGGGUCGGCGUUUCAUUGCGGUGACUUCAAUCGCACCGAUGCGCCGUUCACCGAGGGCGAUCUGAAAAUCGCAUCUGCCGCAUUCGUGCUCGAGUCGCCGCGGUUCGUGGCGGACGACAGCAGGCACGUCAACUCCAGCAACGAGUACUCGUCGUUGGACCUGCCGUCUGCGAACAGAACGUUGUAUAUUAAUUGCACGAACGAGGCGGUAAGGUGCGAGCAGGUCAGCUGCAAAGUCGGACCGUUCGCGAGCACGUUGUCCGUGGCGAAGCUGCUGGUCACGUUGGAUCUGCAAGUACCGAAUUUUCACGCCGCUUUGAUGAAGGACAAGGACAUCGUGUUUUUCGUGUCCGAAGGUAACGUCGCCAUAACGCAGCCGUACAAUAUUACCCAGCGAAACGGUCAUAAGCCGGACGCCGCCCUGGUCGCUACAACGUUUCUGGGCUCGCCGAUAGCUGAGCGCAUAGCUGUGUGGAUAUUAGUGCUUUCGAUCGCGUUAGGUAUCGUACUGCUGCUACUGCUAAUACUGGCUUUAAUCAAGAUCGGAUUCUUCAACAGGAAGAAGAAGAUGGAGCUCGAAGCGUUGAAGGCUGAAACUGACAAAAAAUAUAACGUGGUACUGGAAACGACGUCCUCGACAGAAGUUCUUGAUCACGACUGAAAACGCGUACGUAGGAUAAUCUCGACUUGGCGCGUUGCAAUUGAUAAAAGAGCCCACUCGAGAUAUACAUAAAGAUAUAUUUUCUUCAAUAUAAAUAAUAAAUGUAAUAAAUAAUAAUUAUCCAUCUGCAAUUUAAAUAUAUAAGGCAUUUGUAUGUAUCCAUCUCUCUCUCUCUCUCUCUCUCUCUCUCUCUUUAUAAGGCCACAUUCUCGUAUAAAAUAAAGUAUUUUUAUAAAAAUAUAAUAAAUCUUAAAAAAUAUCAACUUUGUGUCGCUACAAGUGUAUAGCUGUCGACUGUAUUCUUUUAUGGAAGGCUUCCUAAAAAGCGGAGUAUAAUCGAUUCCCGUCCUGAUUUUUA